GUUUUUCUGUGUUUCAGGAUUAUCUGCUGAGUCACAUGUACAGCAACGCAGCCAGAGACGACCUGUGGAGCAAACUGUCUCAGGCCAUGCACUCAGAGGGGCGGGACAUCAACAUCGGAGAGAUGAUGGACAGGUGGACUCUGCAAAUGGGAUACCCUGUUCUUACCAUCAGCAAGAACCAAUCAGAGCAGCUGCCCACGCAUUACAUCACCGUCAACCAGGAGCACUUCCUGUAUGGACUGGACGUGAAGAACAACAACAGGUUAGAGUUUAAGAUCACUUGUAUGAUGUGGGAAUGACCUUUAACCUUUAGAGAUUUCAAUUCUGAUGGAAUAAACAAUCCAUCCAAGUUCCCUUCCUUCAACUUAAACUCUUAAUGUGUCGGUUUGUUGCUUGUUGCUGCAGGAAAACCAAAAACCUUCAGUUCCAUAUGAUAUUAUGAAAACAAAAUUCCACUUUAUCUCCAUAAUUGUUCUGUUUUCCUCUCCUAAGAUUCGCCCAGUUCUUAUAAAUUUGGGGUUUUAUUUGUAAACAAAUGAGAAACAGUCAA